UCACGCAAAAUUCCGCCAAACUUCUGCUUGGCUCUCCUCUUCCCGUCACACCGGUCGCGAAUUUUCCGAACACUUUUCAGUCCCCGUCGUCUCCGCGCAAGUGCUUGUUUAUCAAUAGUCGCAAUUUGAAAGUGGGUGAAAUUAUUCUCAAACCUUGUGGAAUGCUGUAACCGGAUCGAUUUGUGCAAGUUUAGGAAACCAUCAUGUCCAAAGACAUUCGCUCGUUCUUCUCCGUCGGCGGUUCCAAGGCCAAAAAGCCGGACCCCCCACGGGACAGCUCGUCGUCAUCGUCCAAACGCAAAGCCAUCAUCGUCGACAGCGACGAAGAAUCGACGGAGCACCGUAAACCCUCUUCGUCCUCUUCCUCCUCCUCGAAGGACAAGUCGGGCUACUCUAAAAAGCGUCGCGUAAUCGACUCGGAUGACGAGAAGAGUCCGGUCAAGAAGAAGGUCGCGCCAGAGCCUGCGGCUCCCAAGCUGAAGGAGUGCAAGGCGGAGGAUUUCUUCGGAUCGGCCCCGGUCAAACGGAUCGAAACGCCGCGACCGAGCAAGAAAGCGGUGAAGGAGGAGGUCGCCGUGCACUCUGACGAGGAGUUUGAAAAGUCGCUGAGCGAAAUGGUCGUGCCGGAGACGCCACCGCCGCUUCCGGCGGCAUCGAAGAAGAAGUCGGAGAAUGUUAAGAGUCCGGCGAAGAACGGUGGUUCCGGGAAGGAGAAGAAUGGUCACGAGGAAAGCAAGAAGAAGACUCCGACGCCGGAAAAAAAGAAGCCGGUGACGCCGGAGAAGAAGUCGAAUGGUCGCGAGGAGGUGAAGAGCACGCCGCCUCCGGCGAAGAAGGAGAAACCGGCCAGUAUUAAGCGGGAAUCGAGCGCGGAGCAGGGAACGCCGAAGAGUACGAAAAAGGACCUGAACGAAUCAGUUCUGACGGAUGAGGAGCGUUACGAGCGGAAGCGCAUGGCUGCGGCGUUGUACAAAAAGUUCCAGAGUCGUCAGGGGCCGGCCAACCCGGGGUCGAAGGAGAUUCCAAAGGGAACGCCGACGUGCCUCGCCGGGCUGCAGUUUGUCGUGACCGGCGUGAUGGAGUCGAUGGAGCGGGACGAGUGCGCCCAGGUCAUCAAGGACUUUGGCGGGAAGGUGGUCACGUCGGUGUCCAAGAAGCUCACGCACAUGGUCGUGGGCGAAGAUGCGGGACCUUCCAAGUUGGCCAAGGCGGACGAGCUCGGAAUUCCGCAGAUUAGCGAGGACCAGCUGUUUGAUUUGAUCCGCGAGCGGUCCGGGCUGCCAGUCAAAGCGGAGUCCAAGCCAAGGGUCAAAGAGGAGAAGCCUAAAAUCAAGGAGGAAAAGUCACCUUCCAAAGAGAAGAAGCGCACCAAGACCGCGGAGCAGGAGGUCAAGAAACGCACUCCCGAGAAGCACAAGCUGUCCGAGUCGGUCGCGAAGCUCCCAAAAAUUCCAAAGAUCGAGAAGAGUUCCCCAGAGCAGUCAAAGCCCAUCAAGAUCGAGAAGAAAUCUCCCAAAAAGGAACCGGAAAUGCCCCCAAUCAACCGCGAGGAAACCGCCUACCAAAAGGACAUCCAAAGCACCGACAACAUGGCCUGGGUGGACAAGUACAAACCGACCUCAAUCAAGCAGAUCAUCGGUCAGGCCGGCCCCGCCAGCAACGUCCAAAAGCUGCUAAACUGGCUUUCCAAGUGGCACUCGAAUCACGACGGCAAAAAGGUGCUCCAACGGCCAAGCCCGUGGGCCAAGAACGACGACGGUGCCUACUUCAAGGCGGCCCUCCUCUCCGGUCCCCCAGGCGUCGGCAAAACCACCACGGCCACCCUCGUCUGCAAGGAGCUCGGCUUCGACGCGGUCGAGUUCAACGCGUCCGACACGCGCAGCAAGAAGCUUCUGAAGGAGCAGGUCUCGGAACUGCUUACGAAUAAAUCGCUGUUUGGAUAUUUUACCGGAAAUGGGAAGGGUGACAAGGUGACGCACAAGCAUGUGCUGGUGAUGGAUGAGGUCGACGGGAUGGCCGGGAAUGAGGAUCGUGGAGGAAUUCAGGAGCUGAUUGGGCUGAUCAAGGAUAGUCACGUGCCGAUUAUUUGCAUGUGCAACGACCGGAACCAUCAGAAGAUGCGCUCGCUGGUGAACUAUUGCUUCGAUUUGCGGUUCAACAAGCCGAGGGUGGAGCAGAUUAAGGGCGCCAUGAUGUCGGUCUGCUUCAAGGAAGGCCUCAAGCUGGCCCCGGGCGCACUGGAGGAGAUCAUCGCCGGCACCGGAGGCGACGUCCGCCAAACGCUAAACCACCUGGCCCUUCACAGCACCGGUAAGACCCUGGGUGGGACCAGCCUUAGCGCCGCACAGGCCAAACAGGAAGCCCAAACAGCGCGCAAGGACGUCAAGAUGGGCCCGUGGGACGUCAUCCGGAAGGUGUUCUCCGCCGAGGAUCACCGCACCAUGUCCAUCCACGACAAGUCGGAUCUGUUCUUCCACGAUUACAGCCUGGCGCCACUUUUUGUGCAGGAGAACUACUUGAAGGUCACGCCGAAGGUUCCCAAGGCACAGCACCUGGACCAGAUCGCGCUUGCCGCUGACAGUUUGAGCCGCGGGGAUUUGAUCGACCGGCGGAUCCGCUCGAGCAUGGCGUGGUCACUGCUGCCGAUGCAGGCCAUGUUCAGCUCGGUCCUGCCCGGUGAGUACAUGGAGGGUAACUUCACCGGCCAGAUCAACUUCCCCGGAUGGUUGGGUAAAAACUCGAAGGCCUCCAAGCGGAAGCGUCUGGCGCAGGAGAUCCACGACCACACCCGCAUGAGCACCUCCGGUUCGCGACUGUCCGUCCGGCUGGACUACGCUCCGUACUUGCUCGGGUCGAUCGUGCGUCCGCUGCAGCAGAAAGGCUCGGAAGGGGUGCAGGAAUCUUUGGACGUCAUCAAGGAGUACCGCCUGCUCCGGGAGGAUCUGGAAUCGCUGGUCGAACUCACGAGCUGGCCCAAGAAGAAGAGCCCGAUGGACGCCGUCGAUGGGAAGGUCAAGGCCGCACUCACCCGAGCCUACAACAAGGAGGUGGCUCCGUACACGUACUCGGUGGUCAAUGCGGUGAAGAAGAAGAAGUCGGAAGCCGCGGACGAUGCGGCGGCUGAGGCGUACGGAGAGGAUGCUGAGGAGGCGGGUGGUGCGCCAGAUUCGGAGGAGGAAAAGGAAGACGACGAUCUGGAGAACAAUGCGUUCAUCAAGGUGAAGAAGAAGCCGGCGGGUAAGGGAGCGGCGGCGGCGGCGACAGCUGGAAGCAGCAAGGCAGGCGGCUCGAAGGGAGGUUCCAAGGCGGCGAAGGGUGGAGCAGGUGGCUCGUCGUCGGCUAGGGGAAAGAAAAAGUAAACGGUCUAUGUUAUCUCUGUGUGUAUCGUAUUAUCUUUUUUCAAUUGGUAUACAAUGUUGAUUUUGAAUCCACUAUUAUUAUUACCAUGGUCAUUAAAUUGCUGUUUUGCUAAACAA